UGCCAGCUUCCUCUCCUCUCUUCCCUCUUGCCACUCAGUCCGGGUUACACUUUAACCAGCUCUUCCACCUUUGUACCCUUCCUGGUGCCAGACUCCACCCCUCACCUUCAGGAAGAGAGGACAGGUAGGAGACGCUGUGCACAGACUGCCCAGCAUGGUGCUCACCUAGGAAAGCCGGGAACAAACAGGUCCAAUCAUCAUGCUGCUCCUGUGCAUUACGCUGCUCCUCCCCGCCACCUCCGCUCACCUCUGCACCUUCACCAGCCAGGUGAGUGCGGACUGCCGUCAUAAAGGCCUCACUGACAUCCCACUUACGCUUCCCGGUGAUCUCCGGCACUUGGACCUCUCCAGUAACGCCAUCCAUCUAUCUCAUCCCUUGUCUACGAGGUUCUCAGAGCUCUUCCACCUCAAUCUCUCCAACAAUCCAUUGCAUGUCCUUCCUUCAGGGGCCUUCAAGAACUUACCACAACUCCAGACCUUGGAUCUAAGCAACUGUGGAAUCUCCGAACUCCCACCUGACUCCUUGCAGGGUCUAAAGAAACUCCAGAGAUUGUUUCUGAGCCACAAUCAUCUAAGGACUGUAGAUGUAGAGAACCUCGGGGAGCUCGUGAAACUGGACCUAACGGACACCUUUAUAACAUCUUUGGGUUUUGGCCAACCCCCAGGAAGAGACUUCCUCUUACAGUUGGACAAUCGAGGAUUCUGUGACUGCUCCUCGGGAACACAUCUUGGAGGAACCCCGGAACAUGUGUCCGGCUUGUUCUGCUCCUGCGAGUCACUGAGAGAGAAGAGGGGUCAUCCUGUACAGAGGGUCAGCCAUGAUUUCCAGGUCCGUAAUCGCUUUAUCCGUGAUGUCACUGAAAAGCCAGACAACGGAACAUCACUAAACAACACUUCUCCUUCACCCCCACCUGUAUCUCAAGGCAGAAGCUGGCCAUAUUUUGUGGGGUUCGUGCUCAUCGCCAUCACUCUGUCUCUUCUAAUAGCCGCUGCCGCCAAGUGCAAGGUUUUCCAUCGAUAUUUCCGCAGCUACCGCCAUCGUCCCUUGCCAGAGAACGAGUGGGCAGCCGAGUCGCAAAGCGAGCUACCGGGCGUCCCCAUCCCCCACCAAGACGACGAAGAUGGCUUCAUAGAGGACAAUUAUAUUCAGCCAGAGGACCAUCAGAAAGAGGAGGAUGAAGAUGAAGUGUCUCAUGAUGACUUCUACAGUAUCUGAGACUUCUUCUGGAUCAAAUCAGGAGCUACUACGACACCUUACCAGAAAUUAAAAGAACUGGUAGACAAUAACGGGCAACCAACUAGCUGUUGGCGAUUGCUUGGAACACCAUGAAGGCCCAGAGGCCUGGACUGGCUACCCGCCACCUCUUUCAUUUGCCAGAGAGAUUGAUUUGAAUGGGACAGACGUUCAUCUGGUGCAACACUCCUUUGGGCUGCUCACCUGUUAUAUUUUAAUAUUAAUAUUUAAUUUUGUGCAGCCUUUACUCCAAACACAUUAAAUGUUUAACUCUGCAUAGCAGGGAAGGGUUGAAGUUCACCUCUGAGACACAAGUAAAACAUGACGUCCCUUCACUGAUAUAUCUAAGUAAGCGACCUGGAUUCAUUGAUGCUUCCUGCCAAGCUGGCCAGGGACACCACCCCUAAAUCUUCAUGAGGGCUCUAGGCCCAAGGUCUACACACGAUGCUUUUCCAAUGGGGCUCCAUGUCUGAGGCUCACCACUUCUAUUAAUGAAGGUCCACACAGGAUGCUUUUCCAGUGGGGCUCCAGGAUCAAGGCCCUCCACCUCAAAUAACGAAGGUCUACACAGGAUGCUUUUCCAGUGGGGCUCCAUGUCUGAGGCCCAACACCUUGAAUAAGAAGUCCCACACAUGGUUCUUUUCCAGUGGUGCUCCAUGUCUGAGGCCCACCACCUCUAUUAAGGAAGGUCCACACAGGAUGCUUUUCCAGUGGGGCUCCAGGUCUGAGGCCCACCACCUUGAAUAAAGAAGUCCCACAUGGUUCUUUUCCAGUGGGGCUCCAUGUCUGAGGCACACCACCUCUAUUAAUGAAGGUCCACACAGGAUGCUUUUCCAGUGGGGCUCCAAGUCUGAGGCCCACCGCCUCGAAUAAAUAGGCCCACACAGUAUGCUUUUCCAGUGGGGCUCCAGGAUCAAGGCCUUCCACCUCAAAUAACGAAGGUCCACAUAGGUUGCUUUUCCAGUGGGGCUCCAUGUCUGAGGACCAACACCUUGAAUAAAGAAGUCCCACACAUGGUUCUUUUCCAGUGGGGCUCCAUGUCUGAGGCCCACCACCUCUAUUAAAGAAGGUCCACACAGAAUGCUUUUCCAGUGGGGCCCCAAGUCUGAGGCCUACCGCCUCGAAUAAAUAGGCCCACACAGGAUGAUUUUCCAGUGGGGUCGCAGUCACGAAAAAAAAUCGCUGAUCGCCACCAUUAGUAGUAAAAAAAAAAAAAA